AUGCCGUCACCAAAAACAAUCAAGGAGAUGCAACGAUUAGCCGGCCGUUUAGCCGCGCUAAACCGUUUCCUAUCAAAUCACGCUGCAAAGUCAUAUCCUUUUAUCAGCACCCUGCGCAACUGCGUAAAGAAACAAGAAUUUAAGUGGACACCCGAGGCAGAAGCCGCAUUCCAGCAGAUGAAAAAAUGUUUGAUAAAGCUCCCUACCCUGACCGCGCCGUACGAGAAGGAACCACUCAUACUGUACUUAUCUUCCUCGGAUAAGGCAGUAGGGUCGGUAUUGAUGGUAGAAAGAAUUGGAGUUCAAACUCCAAUUUAUUAUGUCGGUAGGGUGCUUACUGAUCCAGAAACGAGAUAUUCAACAAUGGAAAAGUUGGUACUGGCGCUGCUUCAUGCUUCUAGAAGGCUGCGCAGAUACUUUACAGGGCACGUAAUCACAGUACUUACCAACUUUCACAUCGGCACAAUAUUGCAAAAACCAGGGACGUCUGUGCGGUUAGCAAAGUGGGCGAUCGAGCUGGGGGGCCACAACAUCUUGUACAGGCUGCGCCCAGCCAUCAAGGGUCAAGUUUUAGCAGACUUCGUCACGGAAGUCCCAGUGGAAAAAAUCAAAGAUUGUGAGAUUGUUGAGACUCCCGCAAAAGACACAUCUAACGAGCUGUGGUUACUGUACACUGAUGGGGCAUCAAAUGAGGACGGCGCAGGAGCAGGGUUGCGCCUAGUGAGCCCCGAGAAGCAUGAAUUUACAUACGCCAUCAAGUUGGAUUUCAAGAACACCAACAAUGAGGCAGAAUAUGAGGCAUUCCUGGCAGGCUUGCGCCUCGCCAUAAAAAUGGGAGCUCAAAAUCUACAAGCGCGUGUUGAUUCGCUACUGAUCGCCAGUCAAAUCAAUGGAAUUUAUGAUGCAAAGGGCGAGGUCAUGGCCCUGUAUUUGGAUCAGGCGAAAGAGUUACUUCAACGCUUCAAUUCAUACAAGGUAGUUCACAUCAAUCGCUCUGAAAACAAACCAGCAGACGCCUUGAGCAAGCUCGCUUCAACUUCCUUUCAACAUCUAGCCAAAGAUGUAAGGAUUGAAGUGCUCAAGAAUCCAUCAGUCCUGCUGCGCCAGGUAAAUGUAAUCGAAGUAGGUUGGAUGACCCCUAUAAUUCAAUAUCUGCAAGAAGGAAUACUCCCAGAGAGCAAAGCAGAGGCAAGGAAGAUUCAGAACAAGGCCCUGCAUUACGAAAUGAAUGGUGGUAUUUUAUACCGAAAGUCCUACUUGGGGCCCUUAUUGCACUGUUUGGACCCCCAAGAUGCAAAUUACUUGAUCAAAGAGAUUCACGAAGGGAUCUGUGGCAUCCAUGCAGGACCACGCAUGGUUGUCACGAAGAUUAUGAAUGCUAGUUAUUACUGGCCUGGGAUGCAUGUCGAUGCUUUAAGGGAGUUGAGCAAAUGUGACUCAUGUCAAAGACACUCCCCAAAGACCCUGCGCCCGAAGAAUGAUCGCAUCCCUGUAUCCACUACUUGGCCCCCCAGCAGUGGGGAAUUGAUAUGGUGGGACCUUUCCCUGACGCUACAGGAGCCGUGA